GCUCGCCAUUGAUCGUGAGCUAAUCGUUGAACGAUUUCACGGCUCAGCAGGCGAUAGUUUUGAUGUAGAAACGUGGAAAAGCUUCGAAUGUUGUUCUAGUGACUACGUAUUCGUUUGUGAUAGUGUAAUCAUAGUUUUAAAGCAGAUAACGAAAAGAAUAAUUGGUACACCAUGGCAGAAGCGCAGCAAACAAACCAGACCAAUGACGAUUGGCGUCUCGUUGUUUUAGAAUGGGUAAAAUGUUCCAAGCUCCACAACACAAGCGAAACAAUUCGAUUGGAUUCUGUUUUCGAUGCCUUCAGAAAGAAGAUAAUUGAAACAAAUCAGUUUCGGGAGACCAAUAUCAUCGAGUUUCUUCGCACCCACUUCCCACGUUUCGAACUUAAACUGAACAAAUGCAACGAGAUUCCGGAUUGUGACAACGUUUAUGUUUUUUCUCUGAUGCUGUACUUCUCGUGCGUCCGCUUGCCGAUUGAAUACUUUCAAAACGUUUGCAAAACUUUCAGUGACGACCAUCAACGCAGUGUGAAAACCUUUCUGGACUCUUUUCUCACCGAUUUCAACAAUAAGAUACACAUCGAUCGAUGCUUCCUGGAUACAGCGUUCUCCAACGCCACUAACUCGGCACGUAACAAACUUCAGCGGCAUCCGGAGCCAAAAGUAGAGCGAUCCAGUGAUGCCCAAAUCUUCAGUAGCACUCCUGCCAGUAAGUUAGAGCAUAAAAUGCCGUCCCCACAGACACCUAAAAACAUCUCACUAGAAUGGAAGAUGAAGAAUCUCACAAAUCUACUAGACUCCGCUCGGUCCGAAAAUGGGACUCUUGAAAAGCAAAACGAACAGCUCGUGCAGAGAAUCCAGGAGCUGAAUGAAGAUAAACAAAAAUUAUUGAUGAAGAUAAAAGCUAUGCAGCUUACGGAACAGCAGUGCGAAACGAAUAGUGGCUCGAAGGAGCAAUUGGAUGCCAAUGAUCGUCAACAUGAGCUAUGCCGUAAAAAGCUGGAGAAAAAUAAUGAACUGAUCGAAUUGCUGCACGAUGAAAUAAACAAGGCAAAAGAAAAUGCCUGCAUAGACUUGGAGCAACUUUCGGCGGUAAAAACGAACAACAUUCAGCUGAAGCGAGAUAUGCAGUGCCUGGAAAGCACAAUAGAAACGUUGAACAAGGAGCUGUCUAGGCAGGGUGAUAUCAUCGAAAGUCAGGCGGAGGUCAUCAACGACUUGCGCCGGUUCAUUCGCGAAUCCCGGUUGGCGUGCUCGGAAAGCUUGGCCGAACCAUUGGAAAGUUCAUUCGAAUGUUUCGAUAAAUUUAGCGAACUCUCUAUAUUCGAUGAAAGUCGGUGUCAGGAACCGGAAAAUCUUGCCUCAACGGUGGUAGAGGUCAAGUUGAGGGAGCAGGAGAUAGAGAACGAAAAACUAAUGAAACAGAUUGAACAGCAGAUGUUGGAGAUUAAGCAGAGCAAAGAGAACAGAAAUCUCGAGGCCGCUGACUUUAACGCAAAGCUUCUCGUGCUGCAGCGUGACAAUGCGAAGAUGAAUGCUAUGGUUGCAGAACUGCAGAAAUCGUUGCUGGAAACUGUUGAGAGCAAGAAGCAGCUAGAGCAAACUUUGGAGAAGCAAGAGGAAGAUUACAAACGUACCCAAAUGGAGAUAAAUGCUAAGGUUUCAGAACUGCAGAAAUCGUUGAUGGAAAAAGAUGAUAACAUCAAACAACUGGACAGGCAACUGGAAGAUCACAAGUGCUCACAAAUGGAGAUGAAUGCUAAGGUUGCAGAGUUGCAGAAAUCGUUGGUGGAAACUGUUGAGACCAAGAGGCAACUAGAGCAAGCUCUGAAGAAGCAGGAGGAAGAUCACAAGCAUGCCCAAAUGGAGAUGAAUGUAAAGAUUGCAGAACUACAACAAUCGUUGGCAGAAGUGGUUAACAGCAAAAAACAGUUGGAGCAAGCAUUUGAGAAGCAGGAGGAAUAUCACAACCGUGCCCAAAUGGAAAUGAAUGUAAAGGAUGCAGAAUUACAAAAUUUGUUGUCGGAAACGGUUGACAGCAAGAAACAGUUAGAGCAAGCACCAGCGAGACAGGAGGAAGAUCUCAAGAGUGUCCAAAUGGAGAUGAAUCUUAAGGUUGCAGAACUACAGAAAUCGUUGGUGGAAACUGUUAAGACCAAGAAGCAGCUGGAGGAAGCUCUUGAGAAGCAGGUGGAAGAUCACAAGCGUGCCCAAACAGCGAUGAAUGUAAAGGUUGCAGAACUACAGAAAUUGUUGGUGGAAGCGGUUGACAGCAAGAAACACUUAGAGCAAGCACUAGCGAAGCAGGAGGAAGAUCACAAGCGUGCCCAAAUGGAGAUGAAUGCCAAGGUUCCAGAACUACAGAAAAUAUUGGCAGAAACGGUUGACAGCAAGAAACAGUUAGAGCAAGCACUAGCAAAGCAGGAGGAAGAUCACAAGCGUAUCCAAACGGCGAUGAAUGUAAAGGUUGCAGAACUGCAGACAUCAUUGGCGGACACUGUUGAGACCAAGAAGCUGCUGGAGCAAACUUUGGAGAAGAAAGUUGAAGAUCACGAGCGUGCCCAAAUGGAGAUGAAUACAAAGGUUGCAGAACUACAGAAAUCGUUGAUGGAAACGGUUGACAGCAAGAAACACUUAGAGCAAGCACUAGCGAAGCAGGAGGAAGAUCACAAGUGCUCACAAAUGGAGUUGAAUGCCAAGGUUCCAGAACUACAGAAAAUAUUGGCGGACACGGUUGACAGCAAGAAACAGUUAGAGCAAGCACUAGCAAAGCAUGAGGAAGAUCACAAGCGUGUUCAAAUGGAAAUGAAUCGUAAGGUUGCAGAACUACAGAAAUCAUUGGCAGAAACUGUUGAGACCAAGAAGCAACUAGAACAAGCUCUGGAGAAGCAGGAGGAAGAUUACAAGCAUGCUCAAAUUGAGAUGAAUGUAAAGGUUGCAGAACUACAAAAAUCGUUGGCAGAAGUGGUUAACAGCAAGAAACAGUUGGAGCUAGCAUUAGAGAAGCAGGAGGAAAAUCACAACCGUGCCCAAAUGGAAAUGAAUGUAAAGGAUGCAGAAUUACAGAAAUUGUUGUCGGAAACGGUUGACAGCAAGAAACACGUGGAGCAAGCACUAGCCAAGCGGGAGGAAGAUCUCAAGCGUGUCCAAUUGGAGAUGAAUGCUAAGGUUGCGGUACUACAAAAAUCGUUGGUGGAAACUGUUAAGACCAAGAAGCAGCUGGAGGAAGCUCUUGAGAAACAGAUGGAAGAUCACAAGUUCACCCAAACGGCGAUGGAUGUAAAGGUUGCAGAACUGCAGAAAUCGUUGGCGGAAAAUGUUGACAGCAAGAAACACUUAGAGCUAGCACUAGAGAAGCAGGUUGAAGAUUACAAACGUGUCCAAAUGGAGAUGAAUCGUAAGGUUGCAGAACUACAGAAAUCGUUGGCAGAAACUGUUCAGACCAAGAAGCAGCUGGAGGAAGCUCUCGAGAAGCAGGUGGAAGAUCACAAGCGUGUCCACAUGGAGAUGAACUCCAAGGUUCCAGAACUACAGAAAUUACUGGCGGAAAUGGUUAACAGCAAGAAACAGUUGGAGCAAGCACUAGAGAAGCAGGAGGAAGAUCACAAGUGCACCCAAAGGGAGAUGAAUGUAAAGGUUGCAGAACUGCAGAAAUCGCUGUCGGACACGGUUGAGACCAAGAAGCAGCUGGAGCAAACUUUGGAGAAGCAGGUGGAAGAUCACAAGCAUGCCGAAAUGGAGAUGAAUCUUAAGGUUGCAGAACUACAGAAAUUAUUGGCGGAAACAGUUGACAACAAGAAACAGUUGGAGCAAACUGUGGAGAAACAGCAAGAUGCUGGCCAGCGCGAGCAAGAAAAGUUAUACAUGAAAACAGCCGAGCUUCAAAACUGCUUAAAGGAUGCUGAUGCAACGAAGCAGCAAUUAAAGGACACACUUGAACAUCAAUAUAGGAAUGUUAGAGACUUAACUGUUCAGUUGCAAAACCUUUCUAAGGAACACGGCGAAGAGUGCAGCAAGCGCGACGAGCUGGACGAAAAAUCGGAAGAACUUUCUUCUCAAUUUAAAGUGAUGAAGAAGAAGGCGGACGAUUUAGAGUCGCAGUGCAUUAAAUUGUUGAAGAAAGUUUCGACACAGAAUGAAGAAAUAGUGUCGCUCAGGGAAGAGCUAGAAAAGAAGGGCGCUACUGUGCAGGUCAUCGAGGAGAAGGAUGCACAGUUGCGACAGCUCCACAGUGACUGUGAAAUUCUUGCCGGCAAGCUGUACGUAGCUCGAACGCAGCUGGAGGAGAAUCGCGACGCUCGAGAGAAGGAAGUGGCUUCCGCGCUGGAGAAGCUGGACAACUUGAAGAAGAGUUACGAGGAGCAGAUUCGCGAAGCGCGAAUCGUCACCGAGGACAAGAUGGAACGAAUGAAAGAGCGCAUGAAGGAAAUACACAAGGAGAAAUUAGUGAAGUUGGAACGUGAACGACAGGAGUUGUUUGUCUCACUGGAGCAAAGCUACAAGGAACGGAUGGAAAACCUAGAAUCCCGUUGCGCAACGCUGCAGAAGCAGGUGGCUGAGAUGAACGAACGCGAUCUCCAGUGCCGGAAGGAAAACCAGCUGCUCCAGGCAAAGGUGAAAACGUUGGAGGAGAGUCGGGGAGAGCGCAAGUCGUCCUUGCUGUUGCCACCGCCUGCCAGGCUGCGAUGUAAUCUCAAGAUGGAAGACGAGGAGAGCGAGGUGUUCAACAACACGUACCUGGCGGAUUUGCAAAACGGCCGCUGCACUUCGCCAACGACGAGCGACGGUGGGUUCAAUCGAGCCUCGGAGCUGAUGCGCCGCAACUCGAUGCGCCUGCCGCACCUGCGCACGACCUACACUGCACUUGAGCCCGACAUCGAGCUACCGGCGGACGAUACUCGCGAAAACCUAUCAUCCUUGUUCGAUGACAGCUCGACCGGACUGAUCACGCGCCGCAAGGUUUCCGGCAUCACCUCGUACAAGCGUCCCGGGCCACCGACACCGAGCAAAAAGGCUGGCCGGUUAUCGCUCGGCGGCGUGCUGCCCGGUGCGAACCUCGAGAUCCAAUACAAGGAUGCGCUGCAGGAUGCGAACGUGGCCGCUGGUACGACGGAAGGUCUAGGUCGUACCGGGCGCACCAAGACACCCGGAAAAUUUAAGCAGAUGCUCAGCUCGUCUAGCUUGCUAAGCAACUUUCAGCGAGACGAGGGCCAUAUAAAUGACGUAACACCCGUCGCUUUCCACACGAUCCGGUGCAGUGCAGCGAUUCGUCAUUCGAAAAGGGUAUCCCUGCGGCAGCAGCAGCGCUCGGUUCGUUUCGAUCUGCACCGAGCCCGUGGCUUUACAACCGCCGACGAAGACCCAACCUCAGGUGCGGUUGAUGAUCGUAUUUUUGGUGCCGUGUCGGAGCGGUCGUUACCGUUGCCCCCCAGCGGCAACAGCUUGCACAACAUCCGCCAGCAGCAGAUGCUCCGGCGCGAUCAGCGCAAUCGACUGCUGGAUCUGCGGCGUAAGAUCGAAGGUUCGCCGCUGCGCUACCAGCCUCAACCGCUUGCUACCGCCCAAGUGGCCUCCGCUAGGGAAAUGAAGCCAACCGACGGUGCGGUGGCGCGACAAAUCACCCAAACAGCUGGGGUCGCUAGGACCAGCACCUCACUUUACUCCAUUCCCGAGUGUCUCGGCUCAGCGGAGAAGGAGGAGGAGGACCACGACCAAUUCGGAGUGGCUGAAACCAGCUGCUGGUCUUACUCGUUCAUCUCCACCAUGCUGGACGACGACGGUACGAUUUCGAUGACGACCAACCGGACGCUUGACGAUACUGGGACCACGACUUUUCUGAGUGCUCUAUCAGAAUGUUCGAUGCCCGGUAGCAAUCGCGCGCUCAACAUGCGCCGUCGUGAGCAGCGCAACCGACAGGUGGACUUGCCGCGCAGGUUGGAUGUGUUCUCACCAUUACUUCGACACGAUCGGGACACGACUGCUGGACUGACGACUCCGCUGUCGUCGACGCUUAUCACCGAUGUCACCGACUCGGGCCUAGGCCUGGAUCAUGCUGGUUCCGCUCGGAGCAUCAGUAAUACCAAUUUAACACCAGCACCGAAGGCCUUAUCGCCAACUGUUCUUGUGUUCCUUAGCGUCGCCAUUGCCGUUGGGCUACUGGCCGAGAUUUUCUACUUUCUUUACCUUCCUCCCGAUCCUCCGCGCCAUUUCUCUGGCGACCGGAACCAGGUUAACCUGGCGUGGUGUGAAACGCUCAAAUCUGUGAAUCAGGCGGAGUAGCAAACGUAGCUUUUGCUUUUUUUUAAUGUACUGAAUGUGUAUAUCUCAAGUUGCCACCUUUCUGUGUUGUGUGUUGCGUGUGCGCCUCUUGGAACUUUGUUUUAAAUCCCGUAGGAUUGAGACUUAGAAUUACGAUUACUAUGCACCGAUAAUAACCCUUACUAUUUGUUUGAAAUUAUCUUGUUUGAAAUAAAAGUCGUUUAAAAAGCAAAGCUGUAAUAUAGGGAAAGUUGUGGCCUUCUCCCUGAUAGGCCUCCCUACGAAUAAGCUUUAUUAUUUUAUUAUAGAUACUUUCGGCAUGCUAUAGGUAAAGCGCCGGGAACAGUGUGCGGAAGAAUGAACACAUCAGCAAGCAUGUCUUAGUAGUCGAAAGAAAAGAACUGAAAAUAAAUUAAGCUUAACGUGAUCACA